AUUUCGGUCUGUGUUGAGCAUCGUGUCAUGGCGACACGCAUGCAAGUUUCGUUGUGGUGCCGGCGGCUCGGGGGAUCGUCGCCAAUGUUUCAUCUAAUUGGCUUUAAUUAGGUUAACAUAGUAGCGAUAGUAAUUAGUUAGAAAGAAGUACUAUCUAUUGCGUCCGUGAUCACCCUGUUUGCAGCCCUAAUUCCUGAGGGCUGGUCUAUUUAAUCGACCAUGUGGAACCUGCCUGUCUUACUACUAGGCGUCUCUAGCGCAAUCGUUGCUGUCGUUCAGUGUGCUCCUCAGAAAGCUAUCUCUGUCACAUUGGACUCUAAAUGGAGCAACACGCCUCUUCACCUAGAAGCCAGUGAAUUCUUUGCCGAAGAAAGCAGCGACUACUUUUGGCGCUAUGUGAAUGACUUUCAACAACUGGACCUUGCUGCAUUCUCUAACAGCACGCCGAAGGCACAGUACGAGACUGUGCUCGAUGUGGCCACCAAGCACCUGUCGCCAGCCAAGCUGGCACUGCUGAAGCUGUCGCUGUCCCUGCGGGCCCACUCGCCGGCUGUUGAGACCUUCCAGCAGGUAGGGCACUGCUUCGAACAGUCGAGUGGCAACCCACCCAGGGGCCUGCAGUUUAUCCUGGGCACCCAGAGCAACCCUGCUGUGGUGGACACCAUUGUGAUGGCAAACCUGGGCUACUUUCAGCUGAAGGCCAAUCCCGGUACUUGGACUCUGCGAAUGAGACCAGGGCGAUCCAGUGAGCUUUAUGACAUUGCAAGCCAUGAAAACACAGACUCCCCACAGGACUCCAGCGAUGUUCUAGUCGUCAUAAACAGUUUCAGAAGCCAUGUUCUGAAAGUGAAGGUUGCCAAGAAGCCUGGAAAGCAAAAUGAGGACUUGCUUUCUGAUGGAAGUGAGGAUGAAAAUGACCUGUGGAGCUUCGUUUCGCAAAUACCUAUAGUUGGCGGCUUAUUAACGGAGUGGAGGCAGAUAGGCAGAGCGGUCUACAGCUCUAUCGUUGGCGAGCCAGCAAAGAAAGACGAGGAAGAGCAGGACGAUGUCAUCAACAUUUUUUCACUCGCUUCGGGACAUCUCUAUGAGCGACUCUUGAGGAUUAUGAUGCUCAGUGUGUUGAAGAACACAAAAACUCCUGUCAAGUUCUGGUUCCUCAAGAACUACCUGUCCCCCACAUUUAAGGACGUGCUCCCUUACAUGGCCAAGGAGUAUGGCUUUCAGUACGAACUGGUGCAGUACAAGUGGCCACGCUGGCUCAACCAGCAGACAGAGAAACAGCGCAUCAUUUGGGGGUAUAAAAUAUUGUUCCUGGAUGUAUUGUUCCCUCUGGACGUGAAGAAAAUCAUCUUCGUCGACGCUGACCAGGUGGUGAGAGCCGACAUGAAAGAGCUACGAGACUUGGACCUCGGAGGAGCCCCAUAUGGUUACACGCCCUUCUGUGAUAGCCGCAAGGACAUGGAUGGUUACAGGUUCUGGAAGUCCGGAUAUUGGGCCAGUCACUUGGGAGGCCGCAAGUACCACAUUAGUGCCCUCUACGUGGUGGACCUGAAGAAGUUCCGGAGAAUAGCUGCCGGAGAUCGACUGCGAGGCCAGUACCAGGGUCUCAGCCAGGACCCCAACAGCUUGUCCAAUUUAGACCAGGACCUGCCAAACAACAUGAUUCAUCAGGUAGCCAUCAAAUCAUUGCCCCAGGAAUGGCUCUGGUGUGAAACGUGGUGCGACGAUGAGUCCAAGAAACAGGCCAAGACCAUUGACUUGUGCAACAACCCGAAGACCAAGGAGCCCAAGCUAGUGAGCGCUGCUCGCAUCAUCAGCGAGUGGAAGGACUACGAUGAAGAGUUGAAACAUUUCAUGGAACGCUACGAGAGCGGUGCGCUUAGGUUAGACGCAACUGAAGCUGACACAAAGAAGGUGGACGAGAAGCUUGAUGAUGGCAAAGUGCGGGAUGCUGCCCAUGUUGAGUUAUGAUUUUCACUCAUCUUUGUUUUGUACAGUGGUUGAUCGCUCACAUUCUUUUUUUGUUCUUUUUGCCUGUUGUCACAUACUUACACACACCUUUUUGUACAUGCUUGCGUGGGUCUGCGGUGCGUUGUGACACGAGUGGAGUACAUUGAGUUCAAAAAUAAAAAUCAUCUCACAUGACAACCUGAA